AUGAAAAAGCAAAAUAGAAAACCAACUAAAGCAGUGAGCAUUCGAAGUUUGUUUCGAUAUGCUACUUUUGCUGAUUUACUUUACAUGUUAUUGGCAAUCAUUACUUCUGCAGCAUUUGGUGCUACUAAUCCUUUAUUUUUCGUUGUUUUUGUAAUCGGUUGUGUUAUUAUUAUAUGUGGUUAUAUUCGAGUAACAGCUUUUAAUAUAACAGCAGAGAGACAAACUCGAACUAUUCGACAAACUUUAUUUCAAUCAAUUCUCAAAAAAGAUAUUGUCUAUUUUGACACUCAUAAGACAGGUGAACUUAGUACACUUAUAUCAGAUGAUAUCAAUAAAAUUCGUGAUGGUAUUGGUGAUAAACUUGGUGCAUUAAUAGAUACGAUUUCGAUUUUUAUAUGUUGUAUUAUUAUUGGUUUUGUCAAAGGAUGGAAAUUAGCAUUAGUUAUUUUCUCCACAUUACCAGUAAUAGUUACAACAUUCAUAAUUACAUCCAAACUUAUUACGAGCUUGACUACGAUUGAACUAAACGCAUAUAGAAAAGCCGGAGCGGUUGCUGAAGAAGUAAUUACUUCAAUUCGUACUGUUCUAUCGUACAAUGGUCAAGAAAAAGAAAUACAGCGCUCUGUUUACAGUUUGGAACAUAUUAGUCCACAAUUUCAAGCAUUAAUUCAAGCUCAAGUUGCUGCUUACACUGUACAGGAAGUCAUCGACGAACCGUCAACAAUUAAUAGUGAUUCAGAGACAGGUCUCAAAAAAGAUGAUCUCAUUGGUGAUAUUCGUUUUUCAAAUGUGCAUUUCUCUUAUCCAUCACGACGAGAUGUUAAAGUCCUUACUAAUCUAUCAUUCGAUGUCAAGCGUGGUCAGACUGUUGCUCUUAUUGGUUCAUCUGGUUCUGGAAAAUCAACAUGUAUACAAUUAUUACAACGAUUCUAUGAUCAAGAUUCAGGAUCAAUAUUCAUUGAUGAAAAACAAAUUAAUGAAUACAAUUUGAAAUGGUUACGACAACAUAUUGGUGUUGUUAGUCAAGAACCUAUUUUAUUUCAUGCAACUAUUCGUGAAAAUAUUCUAUUUGGACGUGAUUCAGCUACUGAUGAAGAAAUACAUGAAGCAGCCAAGAUGGCUAAUGCACAUGAUUUUAUCAUGACUCUACCUGAUAAAUAUGAAACCCAAGUAGGUGAACGUGGAGCUGCAUUAUCCGGUGGACAAAAGCAAAGAAUUGCUAUCGCUCGAGCACUUAUUCGAAAUCCGAAAAUUUUACUUCUUGAUGAAGCUACUAGUGCACUUGAUAAUGAAAGUGAAAAGAUAGUACAGGACGCUUUAUAUCGUACUGCUAAAGGUCGAACAACAUUAGUAAUUGCACAUCGUUUAUCAACGAUUCGUAAUGCUGAUAAAAUCAUUGUGAUGCAAAAGGGAGAAAUUGUUGAAGAAGGUGAUCAUGAUUCUUUAAUGAGCAUUCGUGGUACAUACUUUACUCUUAUUGAACAACAAAGUUUACAUCAAGCUGAAGAAGAAGAAGAACUAGAAUUUGAACAACAACAAGCUGCAAAGAUACUUCUUUCUGAUCAACUAUGUUUAGAUAAUUCGAAUAUUAAAAGAAAUUGCAGCUCAACAUUAGUUAGUAUUACUCCAUCAACAUUGGAUGUAUUGUAUGAAAAGAAAAAUUCCAGAAUAGAUGAAAAUCGGGAAGAAAACGAUGAUGAAAAGAUUAAAACAAAAAAGGUCUUUCAAAGUUGUGAUAAAGAUGCUCGAAAUCAAAAAAUUAUUCUCUAUGCUUUACUUCAUAUUGGUUUGGGAAUUGUAGGUCUAAUAUCUCAAACACUUCAAAGUUGUAUGUUUGCUUAUUCUGGUGAAACUCUCACCAAACGACUUCGCUCAGAAGCUUUUCGUGCUAUUCUUCGUCAAGAAAUUAAUUAUUUUGAUCAAGCAAGACAUAAUACAGGUGUAUUAUGUACACGCUUAGCAACUGAAGCAUCAGCUGUACAAGGCGCAAGCGGUAUUCGUUUUGGUUUCUUUUGUCAAAAUUUUGUGUCAAUAGGCAUGGGACAACUCGAAUUUGAUGGUGUUGAUUUUGUCUAUCCAAAUAGACCUGAAUUACUUAUUCUUAGAAAUUUUAGACUUAAUAUCAAAGCUGGUCAAAAAAUAGCACUUGUUGGCACAUCUGGCUGUGGAAAAUCUACAACUAUUCAAUUAAUUGAACGAUUUUAUGACCCAAAUAUUGGUUGUUUGUUAGCUGACUCAAAAGAUGUUAGAAGUCUUAAUCUACAAUGGUAUCGAUCACAAAUUAGUAUUGUUUCACAAGAACCAAUUCUCUUUGAUAUGUCAAUUCGUGAAAAUAUUGCUUAUGGUGAUUCUAGUCGAAAAGAUAUUCCACUUGAUGAAAUAAUUAGGGCAGCUAAAAAUUCUAAUAUUCAUGAUUUUAUUCAAGGUCUUCCAAAUGGGUAUGAAACAAAUUGUGGUUCAAAAGGAAUACAAUUAUCAGGUGGACAAAAACAACGAAUUGCUAUUGCUAGAGCUUUAAUUCGAAAUCCAAAAAUUAUAUUGCUUGAUGAAGCAACAAGUGCUUUGGAUAGUGAAAGUGAAAAAUUAGUUCAAGAAGCGUUAGAUCGUGCUCAAGAAAAUCGAACAUCAAUCACAAUUGCACAUCGUUUAUCAACUAUUCAAAAUGCAGAUAUGAUUUGUGUUAUGCAUAAUGGAAUAAUUGUUGAACGUGGAACUCAUGAAGAACUAGUUGCACUAGGCGGUCGGUAUUAUCGAUUGGUACAAGGAAAACUGAAAUAG